UCUGCGACUCAAUGCAAGAAGGCGGUCGCUAUCCAUGCCGCACGAGAGUGGUAUAUCGCUGCGAGAGCAGAAUCAGCAGAUGCGGCAUUGACAGAGACAAAGGCGCGCGCCCUGGAUCGCCGGGUGUCUGACACCAAACCAUAUGAGUGUCCGAGAUGCUUCGCUGCGUUCUCUACGAAGGCCGCCUUGGCGCGCCAUAGAGCAUCCGGUUGUCCCAAUGCCCGCCACUGAACGCGAGCUGUGGGGAGUAAAUCAUCUGGCAGUUGGAUUGGCUAUGAGGUCGGCCAGAAGGUGGUGGAGAGUUUGCUUGUAAUUUAGACAAGGCUAUGGUAUGCAGGCAUGCCAGACCUCCCCACGCAACUUUUUAUUCCCAA